CACCAGAAAAGUCCCUAAUAACACCAGAAACAGUCGGUAAGUUGGCAACACUGAGAACGCAGUGAGACGCUCUACGUCACAGUGGACGGUUCUCCUCCAUUCACCUCGUUAAGGGAGCGUAGGCCGUGCGGGACGGGGUCUACAAUGGCGUCCGGGUGGACCCAAGAGGCCCUGCUGGUCUUCCUGCAGGAGAAAGGGGGCAGAGCGAGGAACACUGACCUCAUAGAGCACUUUAAGGUGGCGUUCCCGGAGGAGCCGGAGGAGAGAGCGGCUGUGCGGAAGGCGUUUAAAACCCACGUGGACAACAUUGCUUUUGUGAAGACUGAGGGUGACGUCAGAUACGUCUGCCUGAAGAAAAAGUUCCGGGUAUGUGGGAGUGACGCAGCUCACCUCACAGCCCAGGCACGUGAGCUGCACCUACCUGGCUCAGGUGACGGAAACGACAGCCAGCUGAGAGAAACGGAGUCAGUCUGUGCAGGUGAGGAGGUGGACAGGAGCUCACCUGAGAUGGGGAACAGGGAGAGCUUUAAGAGAGAGAAGAGGGAGUCCGAGAAGGAGAAGAAGGAGCCUGAAAUACCAGCCAUCUCAGUGACUAACGCCUCUCCUCCUCCUGCAGACGGAUCCAUGUUCAACCUGCCGGGACCUGAACAGACCGGUACUACAGGACAGGUAGACACAGGACAGGUAGACACAAGACAGGUAGACACAGGACAGACAGACACAGGACAGGUAGACACAGGACAGGUAGACACAAGACAGGUAGACACAGGACAGGUAGACACAGGACAGGCAGACACAGGACAGGUAGACAUAGGACAGGUAGACACAAGACAGGUAGACACGGGAAAGGUAGACACAAGACAGGUAGACACAGGGCAGGUGGACACAAGACAGGUGGACACAAGACAGGUAAACACAGGACAGGUAAACACAAUACAGGUGUCUACCUGUCUUGUGUCUACAAGACAGGUAGACACGGGAAAGGUAGACACAAGACAGGUAGACACAGGGCAGGUAGACACAGGUAGGGCUGGACUACACCCCAGAGACAGACUUUACCCAGAAGGCCUGAAUGAAGACAGACAGCCGGGGUCCGAGGAGGAGGAGGAGGAGGAGCAGGAGGAGGAGGAGGAGGGUGAAGGAGGCAGCCGUAAACACUUCCUGGAGGCCAUGAGGAGCAGCUCCCCCCAGCUGAGGAGGAGCAUGGUGAUACGCAGCUCCGUCUACCUGCACUCCACCAGGAGCGACGGCGACUCGGCCUCCCUGGUGUCCUCCAGCCCGGACGAGGACCGGACCUCGGUCACUCUGGACCCGCUGGAGCACGAGUGGAUGAUGUGUGCGUCUGACGGGGAGUGGACCCGCCUGAGCCCCCUCCUCCACGCCGACCCCACCCUGGUCCUGAGGAAGGACUUCGUCACCGGGUUCACCUGCCUGCACUGGGCGGCCAAGCGGGGCGAGCCGGAGCUGAUGGCGCUGCUGAUCAACUUUGCCAAACGGCACGACGUCUCCGUCAGCGUGGACGUUCGGUCCAACGCCGGCUACACGCCGCUGCACGUGGCCGCCGUGCACAACCACAUGGAGGUGGUAAAGCUCCUGGUGGGGGCCUACAGCGCCGACGUAGAGGUCAGAGACCACAGCGGGAGGAAGGCCUGCCAGUACCUCACCGACAAUGUGAGCGUGGACAUACGGGACAUCAUAGGAGCGUACGAGCGCUCUGACGCCAAGAACGCCGACCGCAGGGACGGAGGCCGCUGGAGGUUCUCCAAGGUUCUCCAGACGAACCUGAAGCCCCUCAGGCUCCUAGACCCCAACGGCUGCGACUCCGUGGACGGGGAGCUCCGACCCAGAGAGAAAGUCCUCAGGAGGAGGUCCUCACUCAGCAGGAUGAAGCCCAAACUGCAGAGGCUGCGCCUGAGGACGUCGCAGAUUGUCCACAGCACCACGCUCCACGACACGGAGGAGCGGGAGGGAACCGGGAAGGGUUCCUUUAAGUCCAGACCCAAGACCCACUUCUUUGGGUGAGAACAAUACUGACACAGGACAGGAAGUGGCUUACAGGGUCGUCAACGGUUAAAGCACACAAUGUUUUCAGUAAUAUCGCAGAAGAACAUUUUUAUAUUACAGUGAAAUGGAUGGCUGGAUGAACACAUGAGUUUGGCUGUGUUUAUUUUAUUUGUUACAGGUGAAAGAUGAUACUUUGUGUUAUUUUAUUUGCCACAGGUGAAAGAUGAUACUUUGUGUUAAUAUUCAGCAUCUCAAAAUGUGAACAUUUAUAUUCCAAAUAGCCAGCAAUCCUUAAAAAGCUAGUAUAUCUCUUUAAAUCCUUUAGUCAAAUUGUCCCAUUAGACUCAAUUUUAAAAUCAUUUAUUUCCUAUUCAUCACAGCUGAAGUGAAUUUAGUAGUUGUCACAGAAUGUAUUGUAUACAUGGAGGAAAGGAUAUCAUAUAUUUGCCCUAUCCAUUUGUUUAUGGCAGUGUGACCCUCAGGUCAUCGCUGAUAUCUGAUAUUGCAAGUACAACAUGUUAGUAACAUUUAUUUAUAUUCCAAGCAUAACAGCCGAUAUUCCUACUGCUGUAGUUAUUCUGUAAGACAUCUUCAGUGAUAUACUGCGUACGUAUCGCUGAUGUUUGGCUCCAUGAUCUUCCACAAACACAUUGUUUUACAAAGUUAUCAGUCUGAGAUGAGACGUUAAAACUAAACAUGGUGCCGGCUCCUCUUUAUCCACACUCAGCUGACUCUAAAGCCUCUGGAGCUUGAGUCUGUAAUCUGCAGCCAGGUCUACUGUGUCACAAGGUUGUGGUGUGAGCCGGGCCCUUCUGGUCUCUGCUAGUUUUACUUUUCAUAGUUUAAUGGGACCAGAAUUUUAAUUUAAGGAAUUCUGAUUUUUAAAAACUAGCCUAUAACAAAUUGGACUAAAAUGUUGUUUUUUUUAACCUCAGAACUGUGUUUUAACUUAUGCAUAAUGUUCCUGUAUGGCUUCAAUCCACUUACCAAAUAUAACCCUCCAUGUUCGUGACUCAUUUCACCAUCAUUUGAGGUUAAAACUAAGUUACACAUCUCCUCUGGAAAUACUAAAGCCAUCUGUAGCGGGCUAAAUCAAAAAAAGAGGAUAAAUCCUCUGUUUUAAGGCGCUGCACAGACCUGACGUUUAUAAAUGGUUUUCUGAACAGGAACGUAGAGGAAUGUAAAGUUUGUUUAAUAAAUGUGUAUUUCAUGAGAUGUCGAAUGGAACCAGACUGGAUGAUAGAAACAUUUUGAACUCAGGAAAAGUCCUGAGAAGCUCCCGGAGUUAAUCCGUCACACAUGAACAGAUUCAUUUAGUCCACAACAUGCUGCUUCAUGUCAGAACCACACUUCAGACGCACUCUGUUCAAGCUUUGAUCUGGUGAGGUUCUUAAUUAGAGGCCGUGUAUCUGACAUAAAUAUCCCGUGAUGGUUUGUGAGGACAGACUUUUUUAAAUAUGUCCUGUGUUUCCAUAUGAGGAAUCAGUCUCUCUGUUAUUAUGCCAGCCAGCCUUUUCCUGUGCAACCACAAGUUUAAACCUCUACAUUUUCAGGAGUACCACGGUAUACCAAAAAUAUGCUUUUACAAAAUAAGACAAUUAUAAUAAAGUAAAUGCCACUUUGGAUAACUGUAAUAACCACCGAUUUACUACUACUAUGAUUUAAUAUCCUUUAGCUGCAUAUUUAAAACUACUGAUUACUGUUGUCUCCAGUACCCUAUUUCUUUUUUUUUGUACUGCAAUGGCACCUUUAAUGUUUUUUAUUAAUUAUUUGCACAUUUGAACAAAAACAGCUCUUUUUAUUUGCACAUUACAAAAAGUUACAUAACACAAACCUUUAUGUUGAAAGAACAAUAAUAUUUACUCUGGUUAAUUGGACUGGGUUAAGGGGACAUUUCAUGUUUGAUG